UACUGCAGUAGGCAGACAGCUGUAGCUCCUGACCCUUCCUUUUUGCCCUAAGAUUCUCUCUGUGGAGCUCAGGAAAGGGCAAAUAUUUUUUUUGUCACUUGUACUUCAGGGCACUCAGGCAGAGGGCAGGCUCUUAGACAGCGUCCGGUACCAAACACGUGCAGUUAGCUGACACGCAGCCAUGCUGAAAGCGGGCGCCACCAAGAUGGGGCUGCCCAAGCAGGGACUCCAGGAGCGGGCUAGGCAAGCCUCCUUGGUCCCCUCCUCCUCGUCGACCACCUCCACAGCCAUGAAGACCUCCAGAUCCUCCAACAUACUUGCCUCAGACCAGCGCCUCAGCAGGCUAAAAAGAGCCAGCAGUGAUGAUGCCUUGACAAAGCCUGCACUUGGAGCUGCUGCCUCUGGCUCCCGGAUGAAGAAGACUGUGACCACCGGAGCCAUCUCAGAUCUUGCUGAGGCCCGUCCUCGCAGCCUUUCGGGUGCUCAAGUGGCCAAGAAGUCCGGUAUCCCAGCCCCUAGAGAAAUCCCUUCUACCAUAACAAGAGACCGCAUCUCUCUGAGGGACCAGCUGAGGAGCUCUUCCAAUAAGAGAAUGGUUUCUAGUGCCAGCACUUCUAGCCUCUCCACCCUGGCAAAGCAGACACGUAGUUCAGCCAAGUCCCGUGGAGAUGCAGAGGGCCAAGAAAGGAGCCUUCUGGAGUGCCAAGUGAAAGAGCUGCUGGCUGAGGCCAAGGCUAAAGACUUAGAGAUCAGCAAUCUCAGGAUGGAGUUGCAGCGCUGCAAAGGUAAAGCCUCCACUGCUUCCUCUUCACCAUCACCAACUUCUGUCUCACAUCAAGAGCCUGCUGCAGAUCGAGAGCAGGGACAGGUGACGGAGGCUAUUGCUCUGGUUGGGGAGCUGAGGGAGAAGAAUGGGAAGUUUCAGAAAGAAUUGGCAGCCCUUAGGGAGGAGAACCAAGUGUUGAAGGAAAAGCUGCUUUGCUUGGAAGAUACUCUGCUCUCUAGUACAAAUACAAGCUCCCCCUCCAAGCCUUUGGUGAAUGGCCUGCCUAUAGACUCCAACUCCUCAGCUCCACAACAAGACAGUCUCCCUUCUACUGCCAGCCCACUCAAAACCUCUGUCUCUUCCAGCUCUGACAUCACCAAGGACUCACCAUCACCUGACUCCUCAGAGUUUGAGAAGAUCCCUUCAUGCUCAGAAUCAGUGAGCAGUGGUGUCAGUGGUGAAGUCGUUGCAUCUGGGGCAGUAAGAAUUGAACGGGGGCAGGAUGUGUCAGUGCAGAUUCUAACAGAAAAGAUUCACAAGAUGGAGGAGAGCCACCACAGCACAGCAGAGGAGCUGCAGGCAACUCUGCAGGAGUUGGCCGACCAGCAGCAAGUGGUACAGGAGCUGACGGCUGAGAACGAGCGUCUGGCUGAGGAGAAGCGCCUCCUGCAGACCUCACUACAACAGCAGAGAGAACGUCUGGAGGUGUUGGCACAGAAGAAUGAGGCGCUGGCUGUCCGACUUCAGGAGCAAGCCCAAACUCAGGCCCAGAGGGAGGAGGAGCUGGGUAGCCAAGGGCCUCGGCUUGCCGAGUUGGAGCAGAGGUAUGCCGAGCUGGUAGAGAGCUCACGCUUUGAACGGGAGAAGCUGGUGGACAUCCAGCAGCAGCUGACAGGCAGUCUGCGGGCUCUAGAAGAGGAGCACCAGGAGGCCCAGGGCCAGGUGCGCUGCCUCAGAGAGGAGAUGGCCAUGCUGCAGGCCCAGCUGGAUAGGGAGUUGGAAGUUGGAGGUCAGGCAGUACAAGUUGCAGAGGAGCAGAAGGCAACAGCAGACUGCCUCAGACUGGAGAACAGUAGACUGAAGGCGCAGGUGGACAUUGAGAGACAAAAGGUGGGUGAGCUGAAGGCCAUGCAAUGUGCCAGUGACAGCACUGAGCUGCAAAGCCUGCUGAAGACGGCCCACACUGACAGAGACAGGCUGGAAGUGGAGCUGACAGAAAUGAGGCAGGAGCUGCUACAGGCCCAAGCCGAGAGUGAGCAUGUGCAAGCCACAAUGUCCAAGGUGGAGGCCAAAUGCCAGCAGGUUCAGGAGUGGGCCGAGAGAAGGGAGCAGGAGCUCAAUAGCCAGGUGACUUCCCUGGAAGAGGCUGGGAUCCAGGCUGAGAACCAGGUGAAGGAGCUGAAGGAGACCAUCUUUGAACUGGAGGACCAGGUGGAGCAGCAGAGGGCCGUCAACUGUCACACCAACCAAGCCGUCCUGGACAUGGAGAAUCUUGUCAAAAAGCUGGAAGAGCAGAAAGCUGAAGCAGAACGACAACUGAAAGUCUUGAGUAGACAAAUGAAGGAGGAAAAAGAGGACUGGCGCCGCUUCCAAGCAGACCUCCAGACAGCAGUGGUGGUGGCCAAUGACAUCAAGGUGGAGGCUCAGCAGGAGCUGCGUGCACUCAGGAGGCAGCUGCAGGAGGAGCAGGAUCGAAGCGCAAAGCUUUCUGCAGACCUAGAGGCCCUGCAGGGAGUCAGGUCCCAAGGUGAUGAGGUGAGAGUGUCCGACUCCGAUAACAGCCGUCACUGGUGUGGCAUCUCCAUGAUUCCAACGCCACCCAUAGACGCCAGUGGAGAUGCCGACACAGAGCCUGGAGCUACUGUCAAAUCCCUCAUUAAGUCCUUUGAUACUGUUGGACAGAAUGGACCAGGUCACACAGUUCAAAUGCAUUCCUCACCGAGAAGCCCGCUAAGUGGGAUUCCUGUACGCACCGCACCUGCUGCAGCCGUCUCCCCUAUCCAGAGACACUCGUACAUAAAGCCACUAUCAAAGACAUUGGAAAAAAGAAUCAAUCAGGGAGAAUUCUCUCAUCCUCAUGAUAAAUUGUCGGGCUGUGGGGAAGACUUAAAACCUAAUAGCCUUAUGAGGAAGAGCCCUUCACUAGAGUCUGUAAUUAAAACUCCCGUCUCCCUCAGCAGCCGCACAGCAUCCUUCAGCUGCAACCGAGGCAACAGCAAGCUCAGUGUGGAAAGAAAGGACCCCUUGGCUGCACUGGCGCGGGAGUAUGGAGGAUCUAAGAGAAACGCUCUACUGAAGUGGUGCCAGAAGAAAACAGAAGGCUAUCCGAAUAUUGAUGUGACCAACUUCAGCAGCAGUUGGAGUGACGGCCUGGCCUUCUGUGCCCUCUUGCACACAUAUCUGCCAGCUCACAUCCCUUACCAGGAACUCAUCAGUCAAGAUAAGGUCCGGAAUCUGACCCUGGCUUUCCAGGCCGCAGAGAGCAUUGGCAUCAACCCCUCCCUGGACAUUGAGGAGCUGAUGAAGACCGACAGGCCGGACUGGCAAAGCGUCAUGCAGUAUGUGUCUCAGAUCUACAAGUACUUUGAGACCUGACUGGAGAGGAAGAGGACCUGGCGACCGAUGAAGACAUCAAAGAUGAUGAAGAGGCACUGCGGCACUUUUCUGUCCCGUUUGUCACCACCACAUCCACCUUCCAGACAGACUAAACGGUGCCGCUUCAACCCUCCUCCUGCUCAAUGUUUGACACUAGAGACAUGACAGAGGACCGUUCUGUUCUUGAGAAAUUUAGCUGUCGUGAACUUGCCGUUUUCUGUCUUAUUUCUUGACAGUCAGUGCUGAGGCCCACAUUCAGCAAUGCAGAGCGCAGUCAGGAAACACACUACCCUGUUUAUUUUACAAGUUUAAAGUUUCCUGUGAGCAUCGGUUUCAAAGACAAAUGAAAGCAGACAAACGGAUUAUGGCUCAAAAUACUAUUUAAGCCUUGUAGCAGUUGACAGCACAAUAGAGAGAUGAUUAAGAACUGGUUCAUUUUUUUUCAUCCCUUGAUAUUGAUCUAGAAUGAUUUUUUUUUUUUGGUAAUAUGAUAAAAAUGUAUAAAACCCUUUGUCACAAACUGGAUGUCAAGAUUUUUUUUUUUUUUUCAGAUCUUAUUUUUCAGUUGUUUCUGAACUCAGUCCCCAUGUCAUGCUAGACUGCCAACUCUUAUUAUUAGAGUUGUUUGUGAAUCAAAUGCUCUGUGGACAUGGUCUGAACUUUGUGCCAAAUAUUCUGCCAAAACACAGCUUUUAUACAAGACCUACCUAUGCAUGGUUUUAGCGUAGUGUCUCAGUGCGCAGUGUGACGUCCCCUUUCACUGAUCAACAUGCAGUCACCAGUGUGAACCCAGCUUUCAGUAAAUUUAGGGUCUGUUGGCUGGAAUGUUGCUAAAAAGAAUUGAUACUGAGUUCUAAUUGUAAACUAGCUGGAGUUGUACUUUGCAGAGCAGAGAGUAUUUUGAGCUGACAGGUUUGAGUUGAACUGAAGCCUUUAUAUUUUCCACUUUAAUUGUGUAUCCUGGUUUGUCCUUAAAGAAACGGGGAUCAGACAUACCCUAGCUGCCAUCUGCGAUGCAACACUAAAACGAUUUAACACUACGAGAGUUGCUGAAUAGGUUUGUAGAAAUAUUUUUUUAUGAAAACAGACUGAGCUCUAAGUUUGUGUUUACAGCAUUGGGGACUAACUCAACCAAACCAUUGUACCACGCCUUCCUGUGUCGUUCCUUCACGUUUUCCACCAAGACUCUCAAAACCACUAUGGUACUGCAGCUGCUUUGCAAGAUAUAUAUCUAUAUUUCACAUGCCAUGUUAAGCUAUGAAGGAGAGGAUAACUUUUACAUGUAAGAGCUGAGGCACGACACGUUCUCUGUGGUAUGGUUUAGACGAGCCUCCCUUUGCAGAUGCCCUUAUGUUUUGGAAGAUAAAAGUGUUAUUUAUUUAUUUACAAGACAUGCAUCCUGAAAAGUGAAAAUGUGGACAUAUAUGCAAACAGUUUUCUAUUUAUGGAUGUGGAUGUGGAGGCCUAUUGGAUGAAUAUUGCUCAAUAAAGGAUUGUCAAGUUUUA